UGGCCGAGGCCAUGUUCCCCGUGUUCCCUUGCACGCUGCUCGCCCCCCCCUUCCCCGUGCUGGGCCUGGACUCCCGGGGGGGGCGGCCCAUGAACUCCUUCCCCACCCAGGGUCACGCCCAGAACCCCCUGCAGGUCGGGGCUGAGCUCCAGUCCCGCUUCUUUGCCUCCCAGGGCUGCGCCCAGAGUCCAUUCCAGGCCGCGCCGGCGCCCCCCCCGACGCCGCAGGCCCCGGCGGCCGAGCCCCUCCAGGUGGACUUGCUCCCGGUCCUCGCCGCCGCCCAAGAGUCCGCCGCGGCUGCUGCGGCCGCCGCCGCCGCUGCCGCCGCCGCCGUGGUGACGGCGCCCCCGGCCCCUGCCGCCGCGUCCACUGUGGACACAGCGGCCCUGAAGCAGCCCCCGGCGCCCCCGCCGCCGCCCCCGCCCGUGUCGGCGCCCGCCGCCGAGGCCGCGCCCCCCGCCUCGGCCGCCACCAUCGCCGCCGCCGCCGCGGCCACCGCCGUCGUCGCCCCGACCUCGACGGUCGCCGUGGCCCCCGUCGCGUCUGCCUUGGAGAAGAAGACAAAGAGCAAGGGGCCCUACAUCUGCGCCCUGUGCGCCAAGGAGUUCAAGAACGGCUACAACCUGCGGAGGCACGAAGCCAUCCACACGGGAGCCAAGGCCGGCCGGGUCCCCUCGGGUGCUAUGAAGAUGCCCACCAUGGUGCCCCUGAGCCUCCUGAGCGUGCCCCAGCUGAGCGGAGCCGGCGGCGGCGGCGGCGAAGCGGGCGCCGGUGGCGGCGCGGCCGCCGUGGCCGCCGGCGGCGUGGUCACCACGACCGCCUCGGGGAAGCGCAUCCGGAAGAACCACGCCUGCGAGAUGUGCGGCAAGGCCUUCCGCGACGUCUACCACCUGAACCGGCACAAGCUGUCGCACUCGGACGAGAAGCCCUACCAGUGCCCGGUGUGCCAGCAGCGCUUCAAGCGCAAGGACCGCAUGAGCUACCACGUGCGCUCACAUGACGGCGCUGUGCACAAGCCCUACAACUGCUCCCACUGUGGCAAGAGCUUCUCCCGGCCGGAUCACCUCAACAGUCACGUCAGACAAGUGCACUCGACAGAGCGGCCCUUCAAGUGUGAGAAAUGUGAGGCAGCUUUCGCUACGAAGGACCGGCUGCGGGCGCACACAGUGCGACACGAGGAGAAGGUGCCGUGUCACGUGUGCGGCAAGAUGCUGAGCUCGGCGUACAUCUCGGACCACAUGAAGGUGCACAGCCAGGGCCCGCACCACGUCUGCGAGCUCUGCAACAAAGGUACCGGCGAGGUUUGUCCAAUGGCGGCGGCAGCAGCGGCGGCGGCGGCAGCGGCGGCGGCAGUGGCGGCCCCCCCCACAGCUGUGGGCUCCCUCUCGGGGGCCGAGGGGGUGCCCGUGAGCUCUCAGCCACUUCCCUCCCAGCCCUGGUGAGCUCCAGGUUGGUGGGCGGGAGGGGAGAGUGGAGGCUUGUCCCUUGGUACAGCCUCCUCUCCCCCCUCUCCCCACCAACACCUCACUACUUCCCCACCGGAAGGAAAGGAGGAAGACACGUCUUAGGGGGUCGGCUAGGUUUUCACGACUCGUUUCUCCUGCUCCUCUCUCCUCCCUGUCAGAGAUGACCCUACACACACCUGUCCCCUUGGUUGUGUUGAAGUCCCCUGGACAGUGGGCGGGGACGGCAGAGGACAGGAGCAGCCACUGCCCGGCCCCUCUCCCCUCUGCCCUGCCCUGCCCUGCCCUCCCAGGGCUGUGUGAGCCUCUCCCCUCCUGGCCCUCCUGGCCCUGCUCUCCUCCUUCCGGUCCUCUCCCCCACUUCUGUCUGCUGCCCCUCCCGGGGAGCUGGUGCUUUUUUUGUUUCUUUUCUUUCUUUUUUGUUUCUUCAGGGGGAGGGAGGAGAGGAAGGAGAGAAUCAAGCAGUUCUGUCCUGGGGAGGGAAGGUGAGAUUUGAGGGCAGACGCAGGAAAGGCAGAGGUUGUACCUACUUGGGAAUCUGGCGGGGGCGGGGGGCGGGGAGGCCAGGGGAGCAAAAGAGGGAGCUGCUAGGGCCAGAGGCAGAGCGAGAUGGAGUCCUAGGGGCCAGGGUGAGAGGAUCCGGGGACUAGAGGUGCUUCCGGGGGCGGGGAGAAUGCAGCCACAGUGUCUCCCCCUUCCCUCUCCACCCCAGCUCCAGCCCUGGUCUCUUCAUCCCUUUUCCCCACGACAGAGCUAUGGCCCUGGCCGUGUCAUCGUGUUCCUGUGUCCCCUGCAUGCUCCCCGCCCUCCACCUCCUUUUGCGCGGACCCCAUUAUAAUAAAUUUUAAAUAAAAACCUG